AUGCCCGUCACAGUGAACCAUCAAAUCCGCCGCCCAUACUUUGCCGGCCACCGUUCCUCCUACCUCGAACUCAUCCCCGAAGAAGAGCUGGAAGCCUACACUCGCCUCGGCGACAUCGACGACCCGCCGGCGAAACCUGCGCCUUCGUCUGCAACCCUAUCCUCGUCGCACCCUAUGACCGCUGAACUCGACCAGAUGGCUGCGGCCAAGGAGGAGGAUCUCAAGCCGCCGUCUGAUGGCAUCAAGAACACCUUCCAUCCCAACGGCAACAGCGCCAGCCACGCCCGAACCCCCAGCGACACGCUGAAGCCUGGGACCGACUACUUCGCAUCUCAUGGCUCCGUCAGCGGGCUUAGUACGCCCGGAACGCCUGGUCUCUCGCGGACUAACAGCUCCUCUGACGUUCAUAGCAACUUCGAGUCAUUUGGGAACGAGAGUUUCCCUCCCGUGGAUCGCUUGACCAUGUUCGAUAUCUUGGAGAACCUCGCUCUACCCCAACGUCUGGAGCGCAUGCAGGAUGCUAUCCAUAACAACGCUGAGAAGUGGAGGCGGCAGCGCCAGAAGCUGGCCACGCGGGCCUUGUCAAGCAAGAGUAACCUCGUUGAAGAAUGGCGGAAACGAGUCAACGUGGCGCCAGAAGAACGCCUGGACAGGUAUCGCCGGCGGGUGAAGCUGUCGGUCGACCGUCUCAGCAAGAGGUGGAACGAUGCGAAGACAGUUACUAUGAUGGAGAAGGUUUCGUUUGUCACCGCUACACUCAAUAUUUUCAUCUCUGCCUACCUCAUUGGCGCGUGGCCAGAGUACUUUCACUACUGGUACACGGCACAGCUCGUGUAAGUGUCGCGUGGUGUGGACACAGAAGAGAUACUGACGACUCGGCAGGUAUUUCAUGCCCAUCCGCUGGUACAAAUACCAUAAGAUCGGCUUUCAUUACUUCCUCGCGGAUCUCUGCUAUUUCGUCAACAUGCUUCUGAUAUUAUCGAUUUGGUUCUUCCCCCAGUCGAAGCGAUUGCUGAUCAGCACGUACUGUCUGGCAUUCGGCAACAACGCCGUAGCCAUUGCCAUGUGGAGGAAUAGCUUGGUGUUCCACAGCCUGGACAAAACUACCACGUAAGUAAUGAAUUUCGCGGCUGGGAAUCGCUAUGACCUGCCAUGCAACACUCCCGCAAGGGCUUGUCACAAGGCUCUUGACGAACGAGCUCGAAGGAGACAGUGGCUCUCGAACGACCAUCGUCUUGCGUAACGCUGACCAAGAUCAACUAGUUUGUUCAUUCAUAUCAUGCCCUGUGCCACUCUCCACGUCCUGGUGCACUUGAUCCCCCAGGAAAUGCAGAAAGAGAAAUUUCCAGCCAUUCAUACGAUCAAGUAUUCCGCGCCGGACGCUCCGGAACACUACCGACUAUGGGACAUGAUCAUUUGGGCGACAUUACCCUACGCAAUCUGGCAACUUUCAUACCAUUUCAUGAUCACUGUUCGCAAGCGGGCGAAGAUUGCUGCAGGCCGGCCAACCUCUUUUACUUGGCUACGAAAGAGUUAUCGUGGCAACUUCCUCGGCAAGUUUGUGCUUGGAUUUCCGGAUCGGUAUCAGGAGAAUGUCUUUAUGUUCAUCCAAUACGGCUACGCGUUGCUCACCAUGCUACCAUGUCCUCUCUGGUUCUGGUAUAGAUAUGCAUCGGCCACCUUCAUGAUGAUGGUGUUCUCUUGGGCGGCCUGGAAUGGAGCGACAUAUUACAUCGAUGUGUUCGGACGAAGAGUGGAGAAGGAACUCGAUCAGCUGCGAAAGGAGCUCGCACGUAUGGCGAAGAGCCCAGAGAUCUCCGGUCAAGAUGGCCUCUCCAUGGCAAGUCCACUCUCAAGUCCUGCUGGACCUGUUGCGAUGGAUACUACCGGUGCUGGACUCUCCACGGCUUUAGAUCUGGGCCCUCCGGCUGAAGCUUCUACACCUACAGUCGAGACGGCAGACAACUUGCACAAGCGCACAAAGUCUACCGAUGCGAUUCCAUAUUUGGAUGCAUCGACGGAGUCAACAAAGUCGAUGGACCUGGAGCCCGAGACUCCUGGGGCUGACCUCAAGCGGACUUUAGAUGGGGGUAUUGCCUCUUCUAACGACAUGGCGGGCAGGACAAUGGAGACAGCUACGCUAGCAGCAGACAAGAAGAACGAAUGA